CGUGAGCGUGACGCAGCCGGAAAAGGCGAGCAACUUCGCCGGCCUAAGGAGGAGUUGAAGCGACGCCGACAGGCUUGGUUGGCGGCUCUGGAUCCAGGGGGCGGGAGAAGAAGCGCCUUUCCGACACUCCCGCAGGUUUUCCUCAGAUCUCAGCACCGCCCAUCGCGGAGGAGAAAAGGAAGAGGAGGGGGUGGAGGAGCUUUCCGGCGCCGAGCCACCUCAGCCGUAGUGCACGCUGGUCGCUGAAGCCCAGCAGCAAAACAAGCGAGAGACGCUAGCAGCUCCUGAGAGAAUGGAUAGGCGGGUUGCGCCAUGCUGCCAAAGUGGCUGUUCCAGGCUCUGUGGCCUGAGUCUCGCUGUCGUCUGUUUACUGGCUCUUCUGCCCGGUCGGAUAUUUUCAGAUUCGUGUAUCUGGUAUGGCCAGUGUGGAACUGCUUCUGGAGAUAAAAAGUACAAUUGUGAAUAUAUAGGCCCACCAUUGCCACUACCGAAAGAUGGCUAUGAUUUGGUGCAAGAACUCUGCCCAGGUUUUUUCUAUGAGAAUGUUAGUCUUUGUUGUGAUGUGCAACAACUUCAGACUUUGAAAAGUAACUUGGAGAUCCCUUUGCAGUUUCUUUCCAGGUGUCCAUCAUGUUUUUAUAAUUUAAUAAACCUGUUCUGCGAACUAACCUGCAGUCCUCAUCAAUCUGAAUUUCUCAACGUAACGAACACAAGUAUGUAUUAUGAUCCCAUUACAAAAAAGGAAAAAACCAACAUUAAAGAGCUGCAGUAUUAUAUUGGAGAAAAGUUUGCUCAUGCUAUGUAUAAUGCAUGUAAAGAUGUGGAGGCUCCAUCAAGUAAUGUUAAAGCUCUGGGACUGUUGUGUGGAAAAGAUGUUAAAGAAUGCAAUGCAACCAACUGGAUUGAGUAUAUGUUUAGCAAGGAUAAUGGUCAGACUCCUUUCAACAUGAUUCCAAUUUUUUCAGAUGCUUCUAUCCAUGGAAUGACUCCUAUGAACAAUGCCACCAAAGGCUGUAAUGAGUCCAUGGAUGAUGUCACUGGGCCUUGCAGUUGUCAGGAUUGCUCUAUUGUCUGUGGACCCAAACCACAACCCCCUCCACCUCCUGCACCUUGGCUUUUGCUUGGUUUGGAUGCCAUGUAUGUCAUCAUGUGGAUCUCCUACACAGGAUUUUUGCUUGUAUUUUUUGCAGCAGUUUUUGGAGUAUGGUGCUACAGGAAGAGACACUUUGUUUCUGAAUACACACCUAUUGACAGCAACAUUGCCUAUUCUGUUAAUUCACGCCAGAAUACUGGAGAAGCUACCUGGUGUGAAAGGCUUGGUGAGAAGUUUGAGAAUGUUUUAAGGGUCACAUUCACAUCAUGGGGGGCUUUCUGUGUUCGGAACCCAAGGCCUGUUGUUCUCUUUUCCCUGGCCUUUAUUGCGAUGUGCUCCUCAGGCCUGGUGUUUGUCAAAAUAACUACAAAUCCUAUAGACCUCUGGUCAUCUCCAAGCAGUGAAGCUCGUAAAGAGAAGGAAUAUUUUGAUACUCGGUUUGGACCUUUCUUCCGUACUGAACAACUUAUUGUUCAAGCCCUAAAUACCACGCCAGAAAUCUAUUCUCCAUACCCAUCAGGAGCAGAUAUUCCUUUUGGGCCUCCACUUACUAAAGAUAUCUUGCAUCAGGUGCUAGACUUGCAGAAUGCUAUUGAAAACAUAACUGCUUCUUAUAAAAAUGACACUGUAAUGCUGAAGGACAUCUGCUUGGCUCCUCUUGCUCCCUACAACAAAAAUUGUACUAUUCUGAGCGUGCUCAACUAUUUCCAGAACAGUCAUUCUGUCCUAGAUCAUAGUAUUGGUGAUGAAUUUUAUGUCUACGCUGACUACCACUCUCACUUCUUGUACUGUGUCCGAGCUCCAGCUUCUUUGAAUGACACAACCUUGCUUCACGAUCCAUGCUUGGGAACAUUUGGUGGCCCUGUGUUUCCAUGGCUGGUGAUGGGAGGAUAUGAUGAUGAAAAUUAUAAUAAUGCUACAGCCCUUGUGAUCACGUUUCCCGUAAAGAAUUAUUACAAUGACACAGAAAAGCUGAUGAAAGCACUGGCCUGGGAAAAAGAGUUCAUCAAUUUUGUGAAAAACUAUAACAACUCAAAUUUGACCAUUUCCUUCUCUGCUGAACGUAGUAUUGAAGAUGAAAUAAACCGGGAAAGCAACGGUGAUGUCAGUACUGUUGUAAUUAGCUAUGCAGUCAUGUUUGCGUAUAUCUCCAUAGCUCUGGGACACAUCAAGAGUGCUGCUAGAUUCUUGGUGGAUUCAAAAAUUUCCUUGGGCAUUGCAGGCAUUCUAAUUGUACUAAGUUCAGUCGCAUGUUCUCUGGGCAUCUUCAGCUAUUUUGGAGUCCCCUUAACACUGAUUGUUAUUGAAGUCAUUCCAUUUUUGGUGCUGGCUGUUGGAGUUGACAACAUUUUCAUUAUUGUUCAGACAUUUCAGAGAGAUGAACGCCUUCAAGGUGAAACUUUAGAUAAACAGAUAGGCAGAAUUCUUGGAGAUGUAGCUCCUAGCAUGUUCCUGUCAUCAUUUUCAGAGACAGUGGCUUUUUUCUUGGGAUCUUUGUCUGCUAUGCCUGCUGUUCGUACUUUCUCCCUAUUUGCUGCUGUGGCCGUAUUCAUUGACUUUCUCCUUCAAAUUACAUGUUUUGUAAGCCUCUUGGGUUUGGAUAUUAAGCGUCAAGAGAAAAAUCGAUAUGAUAUUGUGUGUUGUAUCAACGGUGGUGAAGAAAUUAGUAGUGUACAGCAAUCCGAAAGUGUGUUGUUUUUAUUUUUCAAAAACAUAUAUUCUCCAUUUCUUCUUAAGGAUUGGAUGAGACCAAUUGUGAUAUCCAUAUUUGUGGGUGUCUUGUCAUUCAGCAUAGCAGUUGUCAACAAAGUAGAGAUUGGCCUGGAUCAGAGACUAUCAAUGCCAGAUGACUCGUAUGAGAUGGAUUACUUCAACUCUCUCAGCAAAUACUUGCAUGCAGGUCCUCCAGUAUACUUCGUGCUAGAAGAAGGACAUGACUAUACUACUUUGGAUGGGCAAAAUAUGGUGUGUGGUGGAAUGGGAUGUAACAACAACUCCCUAGUGCAGCAAGUAUUUGAUGCAGCAGAGAUAAGCAGCUAUACAAAAAUUGGCUAUGCUCCUUCUUCUUGGAUUGAUGACUACUUUGACUGGGUCAAACCACAGUCUUCCUGUUGCAGAAUCUAUAACACCACUGGGCAGUUCUGCAAUGCUUCAGUUGUCAAUCCAUCCUGUGUGCGUUGUCGGCCACUGACUCAAGAAGGGAAGCAGAGACCUCAGGGUGAAGACUUCAUGGAAUUUCUCCCAAUGUUUUUGUCUGAUAACCCUAAUCCAAAAUGUGGCAAAGGAGGACAUGCAGCAUAUAGCUCUGCAAUUAACUUUAUACACAACAACCCUGAAGUUGGAGCUACCUACUUCAUGACUUACCAUACAGUGCUAAAAACCUCAGCAGACUUCAUUGAUGCAAUGAAGAAAGCCCGGGUGAUAGCAAACAACAUUACUAAAUCUAUGAGCUCCAAAGAAAAGAACUAUCGUGUAUUCCCUUACAGUGUGUUCUACAUUUUUUAUGAACAAUAUAUCACCAUUGUGAACGACACUAUCCUGAACCUUUCUGUAUCCCUUGGAGCAAUAUUCUUAGUAACAACAGUGCUGCUUGGUUUUGAAGUUUGGGCUGCCAUUGUUGUUUCACUCACCAUUGCUAUGAUACUGGUCAACAUGUUUGGUGUGAUGUGGCUCUGGGGCAUCAGCUUGAAUGCAGUUUCAUUAGUCAAUCUUGUCAUGAGUUGUGGCAUCUCUGUUGAGUUCUGUAGCCAUGUGACAAGAGCAUUCACAGUUAGUACAAAAACGACCAGAGUAGAGCGCUCUGAAGAAGCACUAUCCCACAUGGGCAGCUCUGUUUUCAGUGGCAUUACACUAACAAAAUUUGGAGGAAUAGUGGUGCUUGCCUUUUCCAAAUCCCAGAUUUUCCAGAUCUUCUACUUCAGGAUGUAUCUUGCCAUGGUGCUUCUUGGAGCAACCCAUGGAUUAAUAUUCCUCCCCGUCCUACUUAGCUAUAUAGGGCCCUCAGUAAAUAAAGCUAAAGCACGUGCAGCACAAGAAAGAAACAAAGGUACAGAAAGAGAGAAACUCCUGUUCUACUAGCCAUUUUAAACAAAGCAGUCAGCGGACUCCUUCAAUUCUGCCUGAAACACUCUUCAUCAUAAAUUGUUGCAAAUUUCUAUGACUACUGUCUCACAACUCUACAAUACUAUACUACUGGACAGAUUUGAUGUCUACCUAACUAGAAGAGGACCAGUAGUUCUGAACAACUUGGACUCAGGAAGUACGACAUACAACUUCACAUAAAGUGUUACUAAAACUAGAAGCAUUAAGAUCAUAAAUUAUUAUUUAAUACAUUGUAGUUUUUAUUCAUGUCAAUGGCUAUUUCACAAGAUUAAUGGUUUUCCUGAUGAAAUUUAAAGUGACAUGUAUGAGAAUAGAUUGCUGAACCACUGAUAUGUUUUUUUAAAUGCAAGGCAAUGCAAUUUGUGGCUCGAUUUUUAGGAGAAAAGUGAGCCAUUAGUAAAAUGUUGUAAUAUUUUUAAUAAUUGCCAAAGGGGUCUCUCUCUGUGUGUGUAUAUAUAUAUACUUUAUUAUAUUAUUAUAAAAUAGGAAUUUUUGUAGGUCAAAAGUAUCAGUACAAGAAUGCAAUAAAUUAAGUUUAUACAUUUUGUAGCUUUGCUACUUCAGAAAGCGGUAGGCUUCAUUAGUGCUUGGUCUCCAAAAACCUGUUUAAAAAACACGACAUGCUCUUCACAAUGUUCUCCUGUAAGACAAAAACAGAGUGGAAGGUAAAACACAUCAUUAUGCUUUUCACAGAUGAGGCCAAAAAAUGAGUGGGAUCAACUAUGAAAUAAGUUCCCAAUACUUUUUUCCUUUUUAUUUAAAAGGGAGUUCCUGAAGUCUUUUGGACUGCAGCCUGUUUGCAUUACCUAUACACUCUUCAAACUUCCAAACCAGGCAGCUAGCCCAGCUUAAGCACAAAAGCACAUAGUUGUCCUAAUACCUAGGCAAUGACUCUUUUUGCUUAAUCAAGAUUUGAUGAACUGGAAGUAGUUUAAGGUACGAUUUAUGCACGCUGUUGUAUGUUGGUACUAUUGUGGCUAAAGUGGAUUUUAAGCAUAAUCAUAAGUAACAUGCUCCUUCAGGUAGAAGUAGAACAUACUAAGUUUCCCUAACCAUCCUUUUGGAAGGAAUUUGUUUUCUGAACUUUAGCAGAAUAAUUAACCAUCAAACUUUCUUGGCAGAACUACAGUAUUAAAUUAUAUUCAGACUAGCAGAUUCUCAUCAGACUUGUACUUACACUGAACACAUCGAAUCAAAUUGGAGAUUUAAAAUUUCUAUACUACUAGCUACCACUAAGAAAUCUAUACUGGAUUCUGGGACACUGUAGGAUAGUGCAGCUGUAUGCAUGGAAGUAUUUAGUUCUUUCACAAGUUAGAUAUGGAGGACAGGGAUAUCCAUACUGUUUCCUCAGACUAAGAGUGUUAUCUAAGUCAUACUCAGCAUAGACCCAUUAAAAUAGACAAGUUAGGCCUAUUCUGAGUAUAAUUUAGUCAGAUGCCACUCAAUGAGAAUAAUGUAGAGCCACUGAAAGACAGCUGUAGAGGAAAUAUUCUAUGGAAAGUCUAGCGGAAAUACUCAUUUCACAAUCCAGGAAAUCCACUAUUACUGAGCCAUGGGUAGCACUUCCGUCAACCUGACUAGAAGUGAAUUCUUAAAGUUAAACAGAUUCCAUGUGUUAAAGCAAUUCUAAAAGAUUAUUGUUUCAUUUCCCUCCACAAAAUAGUACCAUGCCAUUUUCUUCUGAAAUACUUUUUUCCUUCCAAUCUGUGAGAGGUUUUUACUACUGUAUUAUUUUCCACGUUUUACCAGAAUCUGCUAAAACAAAACUAUUCUCAGUAUACAAAAUGCAGACACAGUGCCUUUAUUGCAGAAAUGACAUUUUAGGAGUAUAACAGUGCUGGGCUAUGAGUGAUGGUUUUCCCUUUGGGGGGAGCUUAUCUUUAUUUGAACUCUUUCAAGAAGGUUAAAGCACUGGUUUACAAAUGAAUGUAUUCUAUGAUCAAUGUUAAGUUGGAAACUAAAAAUAUGUGGUCUAGAUGGCUUUUAGGGGAACAUCCCAUGGCAAGUUGUAUAUGAAUACCUCAACUGUUUACUUACCUUAAUAAACGUGUACUGAUAUUCA